AUGGCGCAGCCAAACCCUCUCCUCUUGGCUGCCGACAACCCUACUGCGGUUCUGGAGCUCCUCCGUGCCAAUCCUUCGAUCGCAUCAUGUCAGGAUGAAUCCGGCUACUCCUUGUUACACGCCGCUGCCUCAUACGGACAUGCCGACCUCCUGCGCGCACUAGUGGAUGAAUUCCACGUCGACGUCAACCUCCUCGACGAAGACAAAGAGACAUGCCUAUUCGUGACCGAAUCUCCCAAAAUCGCACGCUGCCUGGUCGAGGAAUUGAAGGUGGACUACAAUCAUAAGAACGAAGAGGGCUUCACAGCAGUUGAGAAGAUGGAGGCUGAUGAUGAGAACCCACAAGUCACAGCCUACCUCCGUGAGGUUGUUGGUGGUGCUCCGGCUGAGACAGACUCGGGCAUGCUGAACCCACCGCCGCGCAUUCCUGAUAGCAAUAUGCAAGUUAACUUUGGAACCAUGACUGAAGAUGAGGCUACUGCUGGUGCGGGUGAACCCGAUCCUGAGUUCAAGAGACGCAUUGAGGAGCUUGCGACCCGGGAGGACUACUACAGCGAGGAGGUGCAGAAUGAGGUUCGCGAGCUGGUUAAGGAUGCCAUGGCUGGCUCCAAUAUUGAGGCUAUGGAGCGAGAGAUCCGGAGACGAACUGAGUAA